AUGUCAAAAGCGUCGCAACCAGAGCUUAAAAAGUUCAUGGACAAGAAAUUGUUCGUUCAUCUGCAGGGGGGCCGCAAAGUCAGUGGCACACUGCGUGGCUAUGAUCUUUUCCUGAACCUCGUUAUCGAUGAUGCGAUCGAGGAGACGACGCCAGCACAGAAGCAUCCAAUUGGCACAGUUGUAAUUCGUGGAAAUAGUGUAACAUCAAUGGAAACAUUGGAGGCAACAAGAUCGUAG